AUGGAUUUAGAGUUUCAAUAUCAAGAAGAGUUUUGGAGAAACUCAAGAGGAGUGCAACUUUUCACCUGCAAAUGGUUGCCAUUGUCUUCUCCAAAAGCUCUGGUUUUUCUUUGCCAUGGUUAUGGUAUGGAGUGCAGUCGUUUCAUGAGAGAAUGUGGAGUGAGGCUAGCUUGUGCUCGAUAUGCCGUGUAUGGUGUUGAUUACGAAGGACAUGGACGUUCUGAAGGUGUUCGUUGUUACAUUAAGAGCUUCGAUAACAUUGUUAACGAUUGCUAUGACUUUUUCAAGUCGGUUACUCUGCUCCAAGAGUAUAAGGGAAAGUGUAGGUUCUUGUAUGGAGAGUCCAUGGGUGGAGCGGUUAGUCUUCUCUUGCAUCAGAAGGACCCUUCUUUUUGGGAUGGCGCGGUACUUGUCGCGCCCAUGUGUAAGAUAUCGGAGAAGGUGAAGCCGCACCAAGUGGUUAUUAACAUAUUGACGAAAGUAGAAGAUAUUAUACCAAAGUGGAAGAUUGUUCCAACCAAAGAUGUCAUCAAUUUAGCCUUCAAAGAUCCAGCUAAACGCGAAAGGAUAAGGAAAAACAAGUUGAUAUACCAGGACAAACCAAGGUUAAAAACCGCAUUAGAGAUGUUAAGAACCAGCAUGAGUCUUGAAGACACAUUAUACAAGGUGACGCUGCCGUUUUUUGUAAUGCAUGGAGAAACAGAUACCGUGACAGAUCCAGAAGUAAGCAUAGCACUAUAUGAGAGAGCCAGUAGCAAAGAUAAGACCAUUGAACUGUAUCCUGGAAUGUGGCAUGGUUUAACAUCCGGCGAGCCUGAUGACAACAUCGAAAAGGUCUUCGAAGACAUUAUAACAUGGCUAGACAAACAUGCCAACAGUAACAGUGUCGCUUUCGAGUCUUUGAAUCCAACAACUGAGACUUAUAACUACGACAUUGAGAAAUUGACACCAAAUACUAUUAUGAAGCAAACUCAUAGGCGAAAAAGCUAUCUUUGUGGAUUGAAAGGAAGUCGUUUGUUACAUCACUCGGCAAACUAG